GGCUCAACGCCUCUCGAUUGCAGCCCGGGCCCGCCCCCACUCAGUCAAAAGCCGCGCCCUCCAUCCUGACUGUGAUUGGGCGCGGCGUCUAGAAAUUACGGCCACUUAUUCGCUUAGAGGAGGUCCAGGCGCCUGUGGGCCUGCCCCCCUCGCCAGCCGAGUAUUUCCUUCCCUGACUAUUUAUCAGCUUAGCUCCCUGUUCUCUUCGCGUCCUGCGGGAAAGAUGGGGCGGCCCAAAUGUUGUAAUGUUACUGCGCUCCUGCCUCUCCUCAGGGCAGCUGGGAACUAGCUGCCUGCCCCUUUCAGUCCUUGAGGGAACUCGCCCCUUUGCCCUGGCCUGUGUGGUGUUAAAGCUCUGUUUCUCGGGCACCUCCUCCUCCAAACCCCGGACCAGCCGCCCAGCGCCGUCAGAGCAGCCCCGACUAGCCUCCUCUCCUCUCAGCCGUCUGACUCCUCUCCCCAGUCUGUAGUCCCCUCAAUUUGCAUCCUUUAGCCCGGCUUGGAAAGAGACCGGAGAGAAAUUUGCCCACUACCCCCGCGAGAAGACCCACUUGUCAGCCGUGUCUCGGGGUGGGGGGCACUGCAAGGCCUGGCGCUGUUUUGUGCACGUUAAAUGCCCAGCGGUAUCUCCCAGACCGGCAACCCCCGACCCUCCAGUCUCCAUGUCUUACAGAAGCCAAAUUCGAGAGUUAUAUAAUUUCUAGUGCUGCUGUUGCUCCUGCCUGAGGAAACACUUCAUCGCGUGGAGGGUGCAGGACAUUUCAGUGCUCUUCCCUAAAAGAACGGGGCUUGGGCAGGGGUGGCCAGCGGUGGCAGAGAAAUGUCUUGUCUUUUCUGCAAAAGGAAGGUGGGUAGUUUGAAGAGAGAUUGAGAGAAAAGGUGGAUGUGAAAGCCAAGCAGCUGCACUUUCUCAUUUAGGAAAUCGCGGACCGUUUACAUAGCUUAUGCUUACAUGUCUAAUACUACUACGGCGUCUCUGAAAACACCUUUGCGGGAAGGUUUGGCUUCUCUCGAAGUCUCAGUGUUUUUCCUCGCCGGAUAGGGAGCUGCUUGAAUGCGAAGAGAUGGCAUGAUGUGAAUGACUCCAGUGUGAAGAAAUCUGCUUCGCCAACUCAUCCUGCAUCAAGUGCCCAUUGAGUAGCACUGUCACUUUAAUGUCUCCAUGCCAAGGGAUUGCUUUCCUUUUUUUUCAAUCCUCUCGGUUAAUACAUGGGAGGAUCAGAAUCAGAGGGGCAUUAAGGAUCAAGCCUGGGGGCUUGGAGAGCACAGAAGAAAAAAAUGAAAGUGACAGCAAGCUGGAUUCUGAGUUACUGAGGGGGUGAGAUCCGGAACUUCUGAUCAGUAAAUAUAAGGGGGCCUUUCAGUGUGUGUUCUGCCACAGAAAACUGUUCAAACUCACCUAUCUUUUUAGAGACUGGAGUCAAAGAGAUUUUUAAAAGUAUUUUUGGGGAGGUGGGGUUACAUUUUUCUCUACAGAUUUGAGGAUCUUUAUCAUCAUCUUUGAAUUUGACCAUGUAUAAAGUAAUGAGACCUGUCUAAAUUUGGUUUGUGCCUUAAUUGAGUUAGUCAUUGAACUUCCAAAAAUGUUGCUGCCUGAAGAGGAAUUUCAGUAACGUUCUUCAUGUUUACAAUAAUUUUCCCAGUUUGUAAAAACAGUCUAAAUAUUUUCUGAAAAUUGAAAAACUUGAAAAACUAAAAAAUUACGUUGCUGUAAACUCUGUGGGCGGUGUAAAAAGUUUAGUUGUGGAAAAAAUACAUCAUUAUUUUCUUUAUCUGACAUAGAAGACUCAGCCUGGAUUUCAAAACUGAACACUGAAGUGGUUUGCAACAGUUACCUGGCUCUUGGCCUCAAUCCAGCUGGAUCAAACUGAGACCUGAAAAGAGAUAUUGACUCCUGUGGCAGUGGAAAGACCCAAGAAUGCCAGUCAAGAAGACAGAUACUGACCGAGCUUUGUCAUUACUGGAAGAAUACUGCAAAAAAUUAAGGAAACCAGAGGAGCAGCUGUUGAAAAAUGCGGUUAAAAAGGUGAUGGGUAUCUUUAAGAGCAGCUUAUUCCAAGCUUUGCUAGGAAAGAACAAGAGAAAGGAAGGAAGGAAGGAAGUUAUACCAGAUAUCCAAGAAUUUUAUGAGGUGACAUUGCUAAAUUCUCAAAAAAGUUGUGAGCAGAAGAUAGAAGAAGCCAAUCAAGUUUUACAGAAAUGGGAGAAGACAUCCCUUCUUGCUCCGUGCCAUGACAGACUUCAAAAAUCUUCAGAGCUUACAGAUUGCAGUGGAUCAAAGGAAAAUGCUUCAUGUAUUGAGCAAAAUAAAGAAAAUCAGUGUUUUGAAAAUGAAACUGAUGAGACGACAACUCAAAACCAAGGCAGAUGCCCAGCCCAGAAUUGUUCAGUGGAAGCCCCUGCUUGGAUGCCUGUCCACCACUGUACUAAGUAUCGAUAUCAAGAUGAGGACGCUCCACAUGAUCAUUCCUUACCUCGACUAACCCAUGAAGUAAGAGGCCCAGAACUCGUGCAUGUAUCAGAAAAGAACCUCUCUCAAAUAGAAAAUGUCCAUGGAUACGUCUUGCAGUCUCAUAUUUCUCCUCUGAAGGCCAGUCCUGCUCCUAUAAUUGUCAACACAGAUACUUUGGACACAAUUCCUUAUGUCAAUGGGACAGAAAUUGAAUAUGAAUUUGAAGAAAUUACACUGGAGAGGGGGAAUUCUGGCCUGGGAUUCAGUAUUGCUGGGGGGACAGAUAAUCCCCACAUUGGAGAUGACCCUGGCAUAUUUAUUACGAAGAUUAUACCAGGAGGUGCUGCAGCAGAGGAUGGCAGACUCAGGGUCAAUGAUUGUAUCUUGCGGGUGAAUGAGGUUGAUGUGUCAGAGGUUUCCCACAGUAAAGCGGUGGAAGCCCUGAAGGAAGCAGGGUCUAUCGUUCGGCUGUAUGUGCGUAGAAGACGACCUAUUUUGGAGACCGUUGUGGAAAUCAAACUGUUCAAAGGCCCUAAAGGUUUAGGCUUCAGUAUUGCAGGAGGUGUGGGGAACCAACACAUUCCUGGAGACAACAGCAUUUAUGUAACUAAAAUUAUAGAUGGAGGAGCUGCACAAAAAGAUGGAAGGUUGCAAGUAGGAGAUAGACUACUAAUGGUAAACAACUACAGUUUAGAAGAAGUAACACACGAAGAGGCAGUAGCAAUAUUAAAGAACACAUCAGAGGUAGUUUAUUUAAAAGUUGGCAAACCCACUACCAUUUAUAUGACUGAUCCUUAUGGUCCACCUGAUAUUACUCACUCUUAUUCUCCACCAAUGGAAAACCAUCUACUCUCUGGCAACAAUGGCACUUUAGAAUAUAAAACCUCCCUGCCACCCAUCUCUCCAGGAAGGUACUCACCAAUUCCAAAGCACAUGCUUGUUGACGACGACUACACCAGGCCUCCGGAACCUGUUUACAGCACUGUGAACAAACUAUGUGAUAAGCCUGCUUCUCCCAGGCACUAUUCCCCUGUUGAGUGUGACAAAAGCUUCCUCCUCUCAGCUCCCUAUUCCCACUACCACCUAGGCCUGCUACCUGACUCUGAGAUGACCAGUCAUUCCCAACAUAGCACCGCAACUCGUCAGCCUUCAGUGACUCUCCAACGGGCCAUCUCCCUGGAAGGAGAGCCUCGCAAGGUAGUCCUGCACAAAGGCUCCACUGGCCUGGGCUUCAACAUUGUCGGUGGGGAAGAUGGAGAAGGUAUUUUUGUGUCCUUCAUUCUGGCUGGUGGACCAGCAGACCUAAGUGGGGAGCUCCAGAGAGGAGACCAGAUCCUAUCGGUGAAUGGCAUUGACCUCCGUGGUGCAUCCCACGAGCAGGCAGCUGCUGCACUAAAGGGGGCUGGACAGACAGUGACGAUUAUAGCACAAUAUCAACCUGAAGAUUACGCUCGAUUUGAGGCCAAAAUCCAUGACCUACGAGAGCAGAUGAUGAACCACAGCAUGAGCUCCGGGUCCGGAUCCCUGCGAACCAAUCAGAAACGCUCCCUCUACGUCAGAGCCAUGUUCGACUACGACAAGAGCAAGGACAGUGGGCUGCCAAGUCAAGGACUUAGUUUUAAAUAUGGAGAUAUUCUCCACGUUAUCAAUGCCUCUGAUGAUGAGUGGUGGCAAGCCAGGAGAGUCAUGCUGGAGGGAGACAGUGAGGAGAUGGGGGUCAUCCCCAGCAAAAGGAGGGUGGAAAGAAAGGAACGUGCCCGAUUGAAGACAGUGAAGUUUAAUGCCAAACCUGGAGUGAUUGAUUCGAAAGGGGACAUCCCCGGAUUAGGUGACGACGGUUAUGGAACAAAGACUCUGAGAGGACAAGAAGACCUCAUUCUUUCCUAUGAGCCUGUUACAAGGCAGGAAAUAAACUAUACCCGGCCAGUGAUUAUCCUGGGGCCCAUGAAGGAUCGGAUCAAUGACGACUUGAUAUCUGAAUUCCCUGAUAAAUUUGGCUCCUGUGUGCCUCAUACUACGAGGCCAAAGCGAGACUACGAGGUGGAUGGCAGAGACUAUCACUUUGUCAUUUCCAGAGAACAAAUGGAGAAAGAUAUCCAAGAGCACAAGUUUAUAGAAGCCGGCCAGUACAAUGACAAUUUAUAUGGAACCAGUGUGCAGUCUGUGAGAUUUGUAGCAGAAAGAGGCAAACACUGUAUACUUGAUGUAUCAGGAAAUGCUAUCAAGCGGUUACAAGUUGCCCAGCUCUAUCCCAUUGCCAUCUUCAUAAAACCCAGGUCUCUGGAACCUCUUAUGGAGAUGAAUAAGCGUCUAACAGAGGAACAAGCCAAGAAAACCUAUGAUCGAGCAAUUAAGCUAGAACAAGAAUUUGGAGAAUAUUUUACAGCUAUUGUCCAAGGAGAUACUUUAGAAGAUAUAUAUAACCAAUGCAAGCUUGUUAUUGAAGAGCAAUCUGGGCCUUUCAUCUGGAUUCCCUCAAAGGAAAAGUUAUAAAUUAGCUACUGCGCCUCUGACAACGACAGAAGAGCAUUUAGAAGAACAAAAUAUAUAUAACAUACUACUUGGAGGCUUUUAUGUUUUUGUUGCAUUUAUGUUUUUGCAGUCAAUGUGAAUUCUUAUGAAUGUACAACACAAACUGUAUGAAGCCAUGAAGGAAACAGAGGGGCCAAAGGGUGGGACAGAAAAGACAUUGCAGUAUGAAGGAAGGCUUUGGUUUGCUCAAAGUGCCAGGUGUAGGGAUGAACCUCUGACGGGCUUUCUGCCCAAGAGAUGAGAUGAGAGCCUCCUCACCCCAGCAGAUGUCCAGAGCUGAUUUAGCUGCAGAGCUCUCUGUGUCUUUUGCUUUAAAGAAAAAUUGCCAGCACUCGAACCUCAUCAACCUUCCCAUUACCCACAUCUGUAACUGGUACACUUUGAAUUUUAUAACUAUGCACAUCUUUUGAUUUCUUAACAAGCAAAUGAAAGAAAGAAGGAAAAAAGAAAGGAAUCCCUUUGGAGACGACAUACUAUCAGGGAAGGAUAAGUGUGUAGUUUUUUGACUGGCAUCUGCAAAGACAAGAAUUUCAUAAAAUUUGCAAGUGUAUGGAGGACUAACCUCACUGACAGGAGGGGAUUCCACCUGGGAUUAGCUUUAUGAGUGUUGAUUGCCUAUUUUGCCGUUUAUAAACUGAAAGAAGGCACUAAAGAUGAGAAUAAUUUAUACAAUAAAAAUAUAUUAAAUGUAUAGAAACAAAUUUCUAUAGGUUAAAAAAGUUUUGUGAAAUAUUUUGUAAAGACUAAUAUUGAAAGACUAAAUGUAUGCAACAUCAGCAGAUGAUCAAAUUCAAGACCUGAAAGUUGCACUCUCCCUUUUGUUGCCAAUGAUCCGUUAAGAGCAUCUGAGUUCCUUUUAAGUCUGACAAAGACUUCUUCCUCACUUACCUCCCUUCCACAUUAGUGAUACACUCUCAUGCAGCACAUCCCUUAAUGAGUUGCCCUCAUGGAUAUUUUUGGAAGACAUUUGGUUAAUGCAUUUUUUUAUGCUGAUGGCUUUUCAGAGACAAACUUAGGCAAAUGAUCUAAAGGGAAGUUUUUGCUUUUCUCUAGUUAAAUAACCUGAGCCUGCCAUGCAAAUAGUUGAAUAACUUUGUUCCUAGUUACUGACAUACAAUUCUUAAAGGACCAUUUAGCAUUUUGGCCAACAAUGAGUAAUUAGGAUUAGUACCUUUUUGUUUUACAGAGUAACUGAGAGUUUUGUAACAUCCAGAGAUGGUAUUAGAGCCAAUGAGAGAUCUGUUCCUAGAUGCACUAUUUCUUUGAGGAAGAGAGAGAAGAGAAGUGUCUGGUUGGGGGUGAGGGGGUGCAGACUUUUUUGUUUCUAUGUACAGAGCAAAGAGAUAGAGUCACAAGGAAAGACAAUUAAUGACUUUGAGCUCAACCAACUGAACUGCCUUUCUUGGAGCUGCACCUGGACCAAGUUUAUUUUUUAACAAUUAUAAUAACGAUGAUUUUAAAAAAGAAACCUCCCAAAGCCUAUAAACUGAACUAGAAGAGUUGGUUUCCCACUUUAGAGUGGAUGGCGACAUCAGCAUUGCUUUUGCCCAUGGUGUUUAGGGAGAGACUUUUCAGUGAUAAUAACCACUCUACUCUGGGUUCUGUGCAUGCCCAGACUAAGCCCCAUCGCCUUAUUUCUGGGGUACAUCCAGACCUGGCAGGGAUUCUGCCACACUGUGCAGCAAACCAGCAUGUAGGCUGGGUAGGAGAGCAAGAGAUAGAGCCAUCAGAGUGAUGGGGCUUCUUCACAGUAAGAACAUCGGAGCUUAGAAUGAGUCUCUUUCCAAAAACAGGCAUUGUUCAUCUUACACUAAACAUCAUUGUCUGCCUGGCUACAGUCACCAAAACAAAACAGAAAUGUAAAAUUAUGCAUCUUCCCAUAGUCCUGAGGCCUCCUUUGCCAAUGGAAGGGCUAGCAAUGCAUUUUCCCUCUCAUGAAAGUUAAAUUUCCAGAGACUUCCUUAGAUUGCUCAAAAUGUUAAAGAUAUGUCCAUGUCUGCAAUUCGCCAGUUUCAGGUCAAGGCCUACUUUCAUCAAUAUUGCUCCCAGAAGUUUUCUGACACCAGAAUGCCAUUCCUGAUCCCAGCUCUAUUUUUAGGCCACCACGAUAACUUCUUUGGUUUCUCAACUGAGCAUGCAACCAUUUAUUUAAAAGACUGUCAUUAAUGAGUAGAUGUUUUCGUGGGUCGUGUGAUGUGCUUUCCAUUUACUAGUAUUGCUGUGGCUAAGUACAAUCAAAUUGAACCACCAACCCUUGGUCAUUUGUAGUAAUGUAACUAUUUAUUUUCCUAGUGUAGAUGCUUUCAGAUUAGAAUUGGCAUUUGCACUGAUUUUUUUAUGUAGAUUUAUAUAAAUAUAUAGAUACAUAUAUAUUUGCUUGAAGAAUCACCAAGCAAAUUGGUGAGAGGGUCUUUUCCAAUAGAAUUUACACCUCCAUUUGUUGUGUUGUCUUGCACUUCCCAAUGUUGAUGUCUCUAUGGCUCCAAUGAACUGGUGUAUUUUGCAGCAAAUCUGAUGACUUGUAUGGAAAUGGUAUGAAAGUUACCCAGAUUACAUCUGGUGCAAAUGCACUCGGAGCCUGGGGCCAGACUGGUGCUAACACUGCAAACUUUGUCCAGAGCUCUCUCCAACCUGAAGGCUUGCUGGGGGUGCAAUGUCACCUUCACACAUGCUGGGCCCUUUCAGAAAAGUGCCAGAUCGUGUAACUGGUGCUAUUUUUCAUGCUCUGGUACAAUGUGUAGCACCACAGGGGUCUCAGCUUUACCAAAAUCAAAAUUCCAUUUGUCAGCUAAGUGCAGAGGCAUUUGUUUUUUGCUCUCCUCCCACAGAAUUGUCGGCCAUUUAUUUGCAGGCCUUUUGCGGGAUUUCUUGGCUAUUUAUUUGCAGGCCUUUUUUCCCAGCCCCAAAUUCUUGGGUUGGCUCUGUCUGCUUAAAGAGCCUGUUUUCACAAAGCUGCACUCGGGUGCCUCUGUGCGCUGUCUUAGAUCCUACUGCCGGCCCUUCAGGACUCUGAGCCAGGAAAGAACUCUCCAACCUCUGGCUCGAGACUCUACUUUUUUUCUCAUUCUUUUCCUUACUCUCCUCCCCCUUCUAUUUCCGACUAAUUCCAUCUCUCUUUUUUUUUUUUUUUUUUUGUUCCUCUCCUUUUCCUAUUCCUCCUUCCCACCAUCUCUGAGUUGUUGACUUUCUCCUAUAAUCCUUCUCUAUUCCCUUUCUCUUUUUGUCCACCUCUCCUUUAGUCUGUUUCUCUGCCCUUCUUAUUCCUUUUCUGUCCUUUCUCCUCUCCUCAAAUCUCUGAUCAUCUUCUCCCGUACAUCCCUGUAUUGAUUUUUCUGUCUCUAAAGGGCUCAUGGCUGAUUCAGACAGCAAGUCCAUGCACUGGACUAAUGACACAAAUACUUUAGGUCGCCGUUUCACCUACUCAGCCCAGAAAGUAAAGCUGAGCGUGAGGCCCUGACCUGGAGCCUGCUCCAGCGUGCCUCCCGGAGCCAGCCUGCACCGUUGCCCUGGCAGCGAUGAUGCAUGUGCUGUGGGCCCUGCCGGCGCCUGAGUGCCUCUGCCUGAACACUGCUCCUAAGCGAGCCCACUCCCAGCACUACCGCAUGGCUCUGAGGACAUUUUCUUUCAAUAAAGGCAGACUCUGGCCCCAAUUAUUCUGAUAGCAAACCUCUUCCUCCUCAUUGAAGCCAUGCCAUCACCUUGGUUUGGAGAGAGACAUUUUUUUCCCAUUCAUAAGCUUUCUUUUUCCCAUUUUUAUGUGAAGCCCCCUCUGCUUUUCAGCUGGUGAUUGCUCUGGUGAGACUGAAUGGACUUGCUGGUGAAAUGAAAUCUCUUCUUUCCUGUCUUGGUCCUGCCUAAAUUCCUACAAAUAUAUUUAAGCCAAGGACUCAGGCUAAUUCCUAAGUUGAUCACAUUAAUUUGUCACUCCUAGAGAGAAAAAGAUCAAUUCCCUUGAAGCAUGUGGAGUACCUCCUGUGACAGCUGACUUGCCAGGGGACUCCCUACAGAAUUCUGUGAUAUACAUUUUACUUCUGUGUAUGUAUGGUAUAUAUGGUAUGUAUACCAUGUACACACGUUACAUUGAGUAUGAAUGACUGUGGUUGGAAACCCACACACACACUCAAGUCUGUAAAUAUCCUUCCUCACUGAAACCUGUGCUUUGGAAAUCAUUUCUUGUACAGCUGUGCAGUUUCUUGUAACAGCUGAGGACAAAGCUAAGACAGGCGGACAAUUUAGACAAAGAUCAUCUAAAGAGUACAGUAUCUCCCUAGCAACUCAUGAGGACAGACAACCAAGUGGCAAGGUUGACUCCCAAUGGGAUGGCAGACUUUUCUUCUCUCCUUUUUGAGUUUGUGUUUCCUAAGUGUUUCUUAACUUCUGAGUGCACCAGGCUGUACCCGUUAGAUCCUUUCAAUAUGACAGUUUUGUGCUUCUCUCUGACAGGAUGUUUCUCCAUCGAGCUGUAGCGCAGGAUGGGAGGGAGGUGGGAAUACUCCUUGCCUAGGCUGGAGUUUACAGAGACACUGCACAGCUUACACUCCUGUUAAGUGUAAAUAUUCAACACUUCCAUUCCAUUUGUGUAAAAAAUAAAGCACACAAGAUUAUAAAAUCAAGAUGUA